GUCGCGCGCGUGUGCGGAGCUGCGCGUCAGUACGCGCUGAUUGGUUGAGCGGUGAAGCACAUCCGUUAGCGUAUCCGGAAAUGUUGAGAUGAGACCCAAGAAACUCUCGAGCUAAACCAGACUUAAAAAAACAAAAACAAACCCAGCAUAAAAGCGGAAUGGGGCAGUUUGAAGAUCAGUUGGCAGAAGAAGUGCGACGUUAUAAGCACCUAUACGACCCUUCUUCAAAACAUUACAAACACAGUGACGUGAUGAUGAAGUCCUGGAUGGAAAUAGGCAAAACACUGGGCGAAGAUCCGGAGGUGUGCAUGAAGAAAUGGAAAGCAAUUCGAGAUAAAUUUGUGCGUCUGAAAAAAAAGUUCAAGACCAGAAAUGGGGACUCCGGGCCGGAUGAAGACAAAGAACCCGAGUACUGUAUGAGGUUGUCAUGGCUCAACGGGUUUAUUAAACACCGAGACACGAAGAACGACAUGGUCUCUAAAAGUGAGGUGGGAGAGUGGAGGCGGAGUACAGUUCCGCACGCGACGUGUAGCGACGACGACUCUGCGUGCACGGAAGUGUCGUCAGUGAGCCAGCCAGUCAAGAAGAGGAAGCGAGUCUCCAAAGGGGAGGACAUUGUGGACAAAAUAGCAACUUUACGUCAGGAAAUGGUGAACUGUACGGCUCUGGUGUCCCAGCUGAGCGCCAUCACUGAAUCCCGCCGGAGCAGCGACGAGUUUUUCACUUUUGCCCAGGCUGUAGCGGACUCUCUCCGGAAACUCCCUCCUGAGCGAGUGGAAGCUACCAAAGUCAAACUGUUUACUGUGCUUGGAGAAGCACACAGUGCAGCCGGACUUUAGGAAUUUAAAACCCCUCUCUAUAUUUUUCUGCUUUAUGUUUGGUCGAUGUUAUGCACAAGUAUCUAACAAUUUCUGUUUUUACACCACAUGUUCCUCUGUUCCAACAAUGAGCUGCCAGCAUUCUUACAAUGUACAACAUAGUAGUUAUUUUUAUAUUAAACUGAAAUGGUUCACAACUUUUACUGUUUCGUUAAUUUUUGUCUUGGUGGCUUUUAAAGCAUGAACAUUUAUCCACAGUUCUAGUCAGACAUACAGUGCCUUCCACUAAUAUUGGCACCCUUGGUAAAUAUGAGCAAAGAGGGCUGGGGAAAUUUGUCUUUAUUGUUUAAACUUUUGAACAAAAAUACUCUGCUCUCCUGGAUAUCAAACAAUUGCAAACAAAACACAGGUUUAUAUAAAAAAAAAAU